CUAGUCCAGCGUGUGCUCCACGGACACCUCCGUGGCUUUUCUGAGUACGUGCGGCUCCAACCUUUCACCUCAAUGGCGGGACUGACCCUGUUCGUGGGCCGUCUCCCGGCUUCAGCCAGUACCCCGCAAUUGGAGCGUCUCUUCAGUCAGGUGGGGCCAGUGAAGCAGUGUUUCGUGGUCACCGAAAAAGGUAGUAAGACAUGUCGUGGCUUUGGCUAUGUCACUUUUUCCAUGCUGGAGGAUGCUCAAAGGGCCAUUAAGGAAGUUACUACCUUUGAAGGUUGCAAGAUAAAUGUGACUGUUGCCAAGAGAAAGCUAAAGAACAAAAUGAAGGAGAAGGAGAAAAAAGUGUGCUCAGACACUCCACAAGAGGAACCAGAGCCAAAACCCAAGCCUAAAAAAGCCAAAGUAGCUGACAAAAAAGCUAGACUGAUCAUCCGGAACCUAAGUUUUAAGUGUUCUGAAGAUGAUCUGAAGACCUUGUUUGCUCAGUUUGGUGCUGUCUUGGAGGUGAACAUUCCUAGGAAGCCAGAUGGAAAAAUGCGAGGCUUUGCUUUUGUUCAGUUCAAGAAUCUCUUAGAAGCAGGAAAGGCCUUGAAAGGCACUAACAUGAAAGAGAUAAAAGGGCGGACAGUGGCUGUGGAUUGGGCUGUGGCUAAAGAUAAAUAUAAUGCAACACAGUCUUCUGCUUCAGGUGAGGAACAAAAAGUCACUGAACCUAGACAGCAGGAUGCAAGACAAGAGGAGGGCAAUAAGGAGGAGGAUGAGGAGGAGGAUGGUGAUGAGGAGGAUGAUGAAGAAGAUGAAGAUGAGGAAGAAAGUGAGGAUGAUGAAGAAUUACAAGUAACCAAGCCAGCAAAGACUCAGAAGAGGGCAGGCAAAAGACCACUAACUUUGGAUGCAGAGAGCAGUGAGGAAGAUGAGGACAGCGACCUGGAGGAAAGAGGUAGCAGUGAAGAUGAAGAGGAACCAAAUCAGAAUGAAAUGGAUUCUGGUGAAGAAGACCAAGAUGAAGAAGAAGUUCCAAAGAAGAAAAAGAAGAGGAAGUUACCAUCUGAUGUGAAUGAGGGGAAAACUGUGUUUAUCAGAAACCUGUCCUUUGACUCAGAGGAGGAAGACCUGGGGGAGAUCCUCCAGCAAUUUGGGGACCUUAAGUAUGUUCGUAUCGUCUUACACCAAGAUACAGAGCAUUCCAAAGGUUGUGCAUUUGCCCAGUUCAUGACUCAGGAAGCAGCUCAGGCAUGUCUUGCAGCGGCUUCUGCAGAGACUGAGGAUGGAGGGCUCAAGCUGGAUGGCCGGAAGCUUAAGGUGGACUUGGCAGUGACCCGGGAUGAAGCUGAAAAAUUGCGAUCCAAGAAUGUAAAGAAGCAAACGGGAACACGGAACCUCUAUUUGGCCAGAGAAGGCUUGAUUCGUGCUGGGACAAAAGCUGCAGAGGGUCUAAGUGCUGCUGAUAUCGCCAAGAGAGAACGGUUUGAGCUUCUCAAACAUCAGAAGCUGAAGGAUCAGAACAUCUUUGUCUCCAAGACCCGACUCUGUCUGCACAAUCUCCCGAAGGCAGUGGAUGACAAGCGGCUCAGGAAGUUGCUUCUGACUGCAACUGGAGGGGGGAGGGCCGUCCGCCUGAAGGAGUGCCGAGUGAUGCGAGACCUUAAAGGUACACAUGGGAAUGUUAAAGGUCAGUCCUUGGGCUACGCCUUUGUGGAGUUUGAAGAACACGAGCACGCCCUAGCAGCCCUUCGUCACAUCAACAACAACCCAGAUAUUUUUGGCCCUCAGAAGAGACCGAUAGUAGAGUUCUCUUUGGAAGACCGCAGGAAACUAAAGAUGAAGGAAAUGAGAGCCCAGCGAAACCUGCAGAAAAUGAAAUCAAAGCCUGUAGCUGAUGAGCCCCCAAAAGACCUGCAGCAACAGCCUGGGAAGUUCCAGAAACAUAAGGCUUCUCACAGCCACACACAGGGCCCAGGCAAGCUUCCCCUGAAACCAAAAGGGACGACACCAGGUUCAUGGGCAGGAUUCCAGACCAAGGCUGAAGUGGAGCAUGUGGAGCUGCCAGAUGGGAAGAAGAGGAGAAAGGUCUUAAUGCUUCCUUCACACCGAGGGCCAAAAAUCAGAAUGCGGGACAAGGGCAAGGCUAAGCCUCCUCCACCCAAAAAACCGAAGGUCCAAAUGAGACAUCAGAAACAGGAGAAGCGGCGCUCCAUGUCUUUGCAGGUGCCAAAGAAAAAGGCUAAGGGAAAUAAGUCAGAAAUUCGAUUCAACCAGCUGGUCGAACAGUACAAGCAGAAAAUACUAGGACCCACAAAGGGAGCCCCUCUUGGAAAGAAGAGCAAAUGGUUUGACACUUAACUAUAGCAGUGAAUGGCACAAAUACCUGCCUCCUUUACUGCAUUGCAGAACACCCUGUCCAGUAGUUUUGUGUUUUUCAUUGUAGGAAAAAGAUUAUGGAUUGCCAAGGGGGCAUCUUCUUAGCCCUGAACUGUAUGAUUCUGGACAACAAUUCCUCUCUCUGGAUCUUAUAGCCAUAGAGAGAAAUAUCAGAAAUGUUGCAAUAAUCAUUUUGUAUUUAUAUCUAGAUUGUUUAUGGAGCCGUAUCUUAUUGUUCCAUAUUUAUUCUUGUUUCUCAAGCGGAAACAACUGUAAAAAAAAUUCAUUCUCAUGUUGACUUUUAACAUGUCUAUUUUGAUAAACAUCCUGUCUCAAGGAAAAAAUUUUACUGUUUUUAAAAUAACAGAUCAUGCUAUU